CGACAUCUCGUGGGCCCCACCCAACCCACUUCACCUCUCUUUUUCGGUGGUAUUCGUAAUUUCGUUCUCUAUUUCCUUUAGUAUUUUCCCGAUUAUAAAUUGCCACGUGUCUCAAGCCGGAGAUUCAAUCAAAGGACCGUCCACUUCUCACUUACGAAAGCUCGAAACCUCCCCCAUUCUUUCACGAAACCUCGCGGCCCCCCCCUUCCGACGACUUUUUCUGCCGGAAAACCUCACCGAAAUCCUCUCUCCCUUCUUCUUUCUAUCGACGUCGGCGUUAUUACUCCUUGGAAGAAUUCAUCCCUGUAAACUAGCUGUUGGAUGGAAGGAACCCACACAACAGUAUCCCAUACUACCGAUGUGGCAUCCCUCGCUGCGAGGAGAAAGUCUUGCGUCUGUUAGAAAGGGAUAAGAGAUCAUAAACGCCCUCGGAUACGAGAGGAACGAGACUUUUGGUUUCUCUCCUAGUUCGUUGCAAUGAUAGAUAUUCCACAAGCUCGGAAGAAACUGCCAUAGAUUGAGAGUUGAAGUUCUAGCUGUGGUACUAGCGGAAUCGAUCUGAUCAUCCAUCAGUGAAACUAUGGCGUCAGACAGCGUCGACGAACAAAUGUUUGAAGCUAGGGAUGGAUGGAUCCCCCUCCAUGCCUUCUCGGGAUGAUCUUUCAAUUUCGACCGCUGAAGCUUUUCGUGUUUCUCGAAUUUGUCUACUACAUAUACAUUUUCGGAGAGUCAUUGCUCGUUCUUUUCAUUGGAGAGCUUCACGGCUUCCUCCUCCGGUUGGAUCUCCGACCUCGUUUCGAUCUGCGUCCUUCCCACGACGAGUCGCUGGAAAGGGCUUUGUAACCGUAGCAAGAUCAACGGAGGGGGUUACGUGUUUGUAUUCUCAGUCGCACGUGGGAGAUUAAUUCUGACAGGUGGAGCUCCCUAAUUCAUUGAACACUAAUUACAUUAACAGUGGAGCUCCCUAACUGAAAGGAGAAGAGAAAAAAAUAGAGGCACGGUAAAAGCAAGUCCAUUACUCUUGGAGUUUUGGGAAUCAAGUUCCCCCAAUCUUUCAAAGUACUCCUUGAGACAUUUCCUUAAUGACUGGAAAUCGCGAGGGGUAUUUUGGUUAUUUACGUCUAAAAAGCGCCUUCUCCAGUCUCCAACUGUUUCUGGCGUUACCUUUCCCACUAUCACGUAUUUUUUUGUUCGUUUAAUAAUCUUUUCACAACUCAGACUCAGGGAGCGUACAGUUGUUGACGAUCCAGCUCAACAAAAGCUGCAAGAGGGUUUGUUCUGCAUGCAUGGUGCCAUGGUAGUCUGGUUUCUGCGUGUUAUUUAGUUUUCUCAUCUGGGUUGAUUAUUUAGGUUCCUCUGUCUCAAGUCUCAACCAUUUACGGGUUGAAAUUGUUUUCUUUUUCCCUAUUAAUGUUUAUGCUGUUGAUGGAAACGGUUUUCUUUUAUGUUGAGUCUGAGCCGCAAUGAUGGUUCUGGAUUACAUAUUUUCUUCAAAGCUUUAAAGCUAGAUUUGUCCAUAUUUUCUGCAAUUUUUUUUUUGGCUUGAAAUUUCCUCCUCCCUUUUUUCUGUCUUUGGAUCUGUGCACGAAUUUAAUGUCUUCUGGAUUUUCUUUUGUUUGCAUCUGAUGUUUGAGUUCAAAUAGAGAUUUCGUUAUGGGGUUUUAUCCAAAUACGGCCUAAUGCUUCCCGGUAAACUGUCGGCUUUUCGGUUUAAAUUUGAUCUUGGUGUGUGUUGAAUCUGUUUUUAAAACAUUGCUAAUUUGAAUCUCUCUCUCUCCGCGUCUCUGUCUCUGUGUCUGCCUCCCGUCUGUGGUGUGUGAGUGUGUCGGAUUGAGUUUUGAAACUUUCUUUUCUUUCCCAGGAUGUUUAGGUAGAGUUGCCGUCAAAUGAUAUACAGAACGGGGAAUUAAGGAUAGAUUCAUGGAUUUUGCCCACUGUAAGCAUUUGCGAUUUUUAGGUCGGCAUAUGCACUCUGUGGCUUGCAGAUGCCUCUUGUUGGUGUUCCUUUCUCUUGUUUUCAGUGCUUUUCUAUGUCCUACAAUCCCUGGUUUUGGUGGAUCUCUGAAUAGCUUUAUGUCUGUCGACACAUAUUCAUCACAAUCAAGGUUGGAAUCGGUAGUCAGGAAGGAUAAGUUCUUGGAGGUUCCUCAGAUUGUUUGGGGAUUAAACAAUCAGAAGAUUGCAUUUGCAAGGGCUUGUCUGACUGCAAGAAUGUUGAACCGAACUUUGUUGAUGCCCAGCUUAAGUGCUUCUCUGUUUUACAAAGAAAUUGAUCUGUUGCAACCCAUUUCCUUUGACAGGGUCUUCCAGUUUGAGAGAUUUAAUUCCCUCUGUAAUGGGUUUGUACAAGUGGGUCGAUACUCGGAUCUUUCAAACCGGACUGGAGCAUUUGAACUUCCGAAGGGAAGUGGAAGGAAGUGGACUGUGGAGAGAGAUUUGAAUCAACUAAAGGAAUGUAGAGAAGAUCCAACUGAUGGGUUUGAGGUCAUCCGAAUUGUUGGUAAGAAUCCGUUCUUGUGGCACGACCAUUGGCCUGUAAAGGACUAUGCGAAGGUAUUUGAAUGCUUGGUUUUAGUUGACGAGAUAGCAGAGGAAGCGGAGAAGGUUGUAUAUAAGAUCAGAGAGUUGGGAAGCAAGGCGAGAAGAAAAACUGAUGUGCUCGAAAAGAAUGAAACCUUGAAAGACUCUUCUUCUCAGCUUACACCUUUUGUAGCCGUCCAUAUGAGAAUAGAGAAAGAUUGGAUGAUUCACUGUAAGAAGCUUGAACAGAGGUCCAAUACCAGCCAAAUUUGCAGUAGCAAGGAGGAGAUUGUGGAGAGGGUGGGCCAUAUUGGUGGCCUCGGAUACCAUACUGUUGUUUAUGUUGCUGUUGCCGAUAGUCUUCUUGAAGACCCCUCUAUUUUGAGUGGUUGGAAGGAAGGACUGCUUCCGUUCGAGAAGAAGAAAUUGGGGGUUUGGGAUAUCUAUAAGAAGUAUCCAUAUCUCAUUAAAUCGGCAAUUGACUAUGAAGUGUGCUUGAGGGCUGAUGCCUUCGUGGGAAACAGUUUUUCUACAUUUUCCAAUCUUAUAGUUCUGGAGAGGACACAGAGAAUGAUUAGAAUGGGUGUCACUAGAUCAUGCGGUGUAGAUGUAAGAUGGCCUUCUUAUGCAUAUAAUAUCUUAGGUGAAGCUGGGGGCCCUCAGAAAUGGUUUACAGAUAUGUCUGGUUCAAGUCUUCAAGCCAUUAGCUAUGGAUCUAACAACAUUUCUUGUUGAAAAGGUCUCAUAAUGUACUUUCUACUGCAACUCUUGGAGCCACAAAGAUCUAUAGCUCCAUUUUUGCCACAAUUAGGUGAGACCAUUAGAAAUAGCUGGGUACAACAUCAAGGAUAUAUGUUCUUUUGUAAUCAUGAGUGAUAAUGAAGGAUUCAUUAUGGUACCCUUUUGAGAGGAAAUGCUACUAUGACGUCUCCAGCCAGUAAAGGUGACUUUGUUUUGUUUGUUUGUUUUUUUUUUUUUUUAAAUUUGAUUCUUUUCAUUACAUUAUACUCUUUGAUUCUUUGUACUUCCAUAUGAUAAUGUAGAAUAUUCAUCUUAUUGUUGAAUUCUUUGAAAACGUUUUGUAGAUCAUAUUCCUGGUAAACUUAAAAUUUUUACAGCAGCGCAUGAUGACCUA